ACGGUUUCGGCUCAAGGCUUGGUUGCCUAGUGGUCCUGGUUUCACCGCACUAAACCUGACCUGUUCAGGAACUUUUUGUAGGAACGAUGCACUUCGGCCACUUGUGGGCGGCUUUCAGAAUGGACUACUCGACUAACCAGCCCGACGUCCCGCAGUUGCCAACUUCGCUGGUGAGCCCCGUCAAAGCGGCCUGCGACUCCGACGACGCGUCCUCGGAAAGCCCCAAGCGCGUGUCGGAGGCGGCGCUCUUGGUUCAGGGUCCGUCCACCUGCGCGCCCGGGGAAAGUGCGUCGCAGACAGUCUGGACGACUCCACCCAGUACGCCGCGUGUGCGCUCUGGGUUGCCUGCAGCGCCGCCGUCUCCGCAAUUCGGAGAGCCCCGUGCGGAGCCCUUGCUUUUGGCCCUGGAGCGAAACUGCACGAAGCAAGUGCGCCUCGCCAUCGAGGCAGACCCCGAGGCAGCCAAGGAGCCGUUCUGGGACAGCCGCUUCGAGUGGCCGCUCUGCGCCGCGAUCCGCCUCAGGUGCAGCGUGGAGGUGGUCCGGCUGCUGAUCGAGAACGGCGCGGAGGUCGGCGUAGAGAGCGUCGGGGGGCAGUCUCCUCUCCAGCUGCUCAGCACGGGGACGGAGGAUCACCUCAUUGAUUUGAGGCGGAUGUCGAACACUCAGCCGGGCGCCGCCGAGUGGAUCGAGAGCAUGCGCCAGUCCACCGCGCAGUUCGAGCUGGGCGUGGCCACAGCAUUGCUGAACGCGGGCGCAGAUCCAGCGGCGCACCACGGAGACCCUCGGAUGGGAAGUUUCUCGAGCCAGGAGCUUGCACGGCGCUCCGGGAAAGAUCAUUUGACAGAUCUGUACGAAGCCCAUGUCCGUUGCUGAUUGUCUUACCCAAGCCAGCAGGAUGGAUCCCAAAUAAAUAUAAACCAGGGGCAUCAUCUGAAGCUAAAGAACCUAGGUUUUCAUUCCUAGAUAAUCAACCACGGUCGACGAGGAUUUCGGAGGUGACCUCCAAGCCAGGCCAUCUCGGGAGCGUGGCGCUCUGGAGCCUGCCUUGAUGGGGCCCUGGAGAUGAUGUGCGGCAUCGAUUGCCCAGGCCUUAGGACCCGACCUGGAACCGCUUGCCUAAUUACAGUUGCUGCAGCCUGUGCCAGGUCGGAUUGCUGGGCCGUGCAUCUCUGCCGCACCCGGCUGCACGUCUUUCUAUUUCGCCUCUCUUGGUCGGGUGCCGAGUCGAGCGGCGGAGGCGUCCCCUCCUCUCGCAUCAGACACUUCUGCGCCGUGCAUGCCUUCUACACCAUGCUGCGGCCUCGAUGCCCCUCUGCGCCAUGCAUGUCUUCGCACUAGCUGUAUGCCUUUGUACUUCGCCCCUUGGUCGGGUGUCGAGUCUAGCGGCGGAGGCGUCCCCUCCUCUCGCAUCAGACACUCCUGCGCCGUGCAUGCCUUCUACACCAUGCCCGGCCUCGAUGCCCCUCUGCGCCAGGCAUGUAUUCCGCACCGGCUGCAUGAAUUUGUAUUUUGCCUCUUGGUCGGGUGUCGAGUCGAGCGGCGGACUCGUCCCCACCUCGGGAAGUCACUCCUGCGCCGUGCAUGUCUUCUGCAUGUCUUUGUAUUUUACGCCUUGGUUCGAGCGGCGGAUUCAUCCCCGCCGACUGCUUGGCUAGAGGGUAGUUAGACUACGGUUCGCGGUGCGGACCAUGGCCGCUUCAUACUUUGGAGUCCGCCCGAGACUGCACGACUCCGAUUGUAAAGACGAUUAGGGGAACACGGCAUUCCCUCACACUUUAACGCUCAGUGGCAUGGACCCUCUUCUCUCAGCUUGAUGCCUUCCUCCCAUCAUGCUCUCACAUCUUCCCCCAUUUACAAUGUUUCCCAUCCUCCUCAUUAAUACCCGCUCGGUGCCGUCCCGGGUCGCCAGGUUGCGGGAAGUGCAUUCUCGCAUCCGACGUCGCAUGGACGAAGACUGUUUUUGGGUUGAUCAUAGUGUGUAGCUUACGUUCCAAAGACUCGUCAAAUGGGCUCACACAUGAGCAUGGGUUGAGGCCUCUAGACUAAGAGGAAGAACAGGUGAUGAGGAGGGCACGCUGAUUGCCGCAGCAGCAAUCGCACUAUUGAUCUCGCGCCUCGCGCAACGUUUGAGAUCCGACAUUGGUUCCUAGAUAGCGAAGCUUACGAGCCAGGGCCGCGAUCCCUCCCUCUCCCGAUCUACCCGCCCUGAUCCCGACUGACUAUGAUGGUCUCCUUUUGGGCUCCUCGAAAUCUUCUGUCUAGACAGUGAGGCGCUGGGCCAUCCAGCAUUCUUCCUGGCGCCCGCCUCGGGCUCAUCCCUCCCCCCUCCCCCUCCGUUCCCCUCUCCUCGCAGCCCUCGUCCAACCGUCCCACGAGCCCGGCCAGCAAGCGAAAGCCAAGCCUCGUCGCGUCAGCGGGGGCACCCCGAGGUCGGCUCGGCAGAGGGGCACGGCCAGCCCGCACGGCCUUGCACACACUCCCGAGGCACUAGAUUUUUUGCAUUGGGACCGCGGAGCGGCUGAGGCGAGCGACUCGAGCA